AAUCAGCUGUUUAAUCUUUCUUUAAAAAAGUGCUUAUGGAUCAAGCGCGUAGCUUUUGUAUAAAAUUUGAGAAGUAUGUACACAAAUUUAAUCAGAAAACAACUGCUUAAAAGCAUGACGAAAUUUUGGCAUCUACAAUCGAUAAAGUGUUCGGUCAGAAUAACUAACACAGCGCACUCAAACGUCGACCAGCUCAAAUUAAAAAGCAGGUUUGGAAGAGAAGUAAGAACAUAUUGCAACAAUUAUACGGAGGCUUCAAAUCAAAGACAAUGCUCGGAUAUUAACAAUACGAGGAAUGGUAAAGAAACCUCUUUGGAAAGUUAUGAGACUGAAAAAGUAAAUGGAGAAUAUGUUGUCAACGUCAACGCUGAAGCCGAAGGGGAUGAAAAUGUCACUAUUAAAAAUUUGUUAUAUGAUGAGCGUCAAGAUGAUAUAAUGGAAUUAUUACAUUCUUGUGAAAAUUGCGCAGAGUUGAAUAAGUUGGUUCUUAAGUUCGCCGAUCGCCUGAAAAAGGAGCACGUCAUCCAGAGCGUAAUUUUGAUGGGGAGCUUGACGAAGGACGCGUUGAACGAAAAUUUAUUAAGAUAUUUACUAACGCGCUUAGAGCCUUAUAUACUUGAUCUUAAUAUUAAUGAAGCGAGUUGUACUUUUUUAUAUUUACGAAAAAUGCAAGUGCCUAAAACACACCCCGUUAUGUGUGGCCUUCUGACGAAAGCUUUAGACUCAGUAAAUGAUCCGUUGGAAUUUGUUGAUUUAGCAGCUGUAUCUCAACUGGCGGUGGCUAUUAAUACUGGACGUGACUUUUUUACUCCGAUACUGUGCGCAAAUUUUAUAAAUCGCAUUCAUAAGUAUAUAAAAAAGUGUCGAACGGCAGAAGAUGCUCGUUUGUUGGCCAUUUGCGUUUUGAAUUUGCAGCCACUCAUUGACUAUGAAAUUCUUAACGCAUUUAAAGAGCGGAUCAGCAUCUUGUUACAAAAUGGUGUAAUCUCUGCUAAUUGUCCUAAAGUUAUUGUAAAACUAUUGAAUAUGUUAAACAUAGGCGUUUGGUCCCAUAAGAAUACUGCUCUAAUUAGAGAUUUGCUAACAGCCUUAAAACCUUGCGUAAAACAAUUGGAAGGUAAUGUUUUGAAAAAUGUAUGCCGCAUUUACCUAUAUAACAUGGAGCCGGCAACGCUGCACGAAUCUCUAGCUGUAGCCCUUGAAGAUUUAUUAAAUAGAGAAAUGUCACCGGAGGCUUUGGCUUAUUUUGUACCGUUCUCUGAGCCAGUACGCCGUAACGCUCUGAUCAAUACUUUCAAAACAUUUGUAAAUUCUUCGAAAGUUUGGGAGCAUUCAAAUUCCACAGCUCAUUUAUUCUCUGCUCUCCGAGCUUUAAAAAUAUCGGAUACAUCCAUUUGCGAUAUGUACUGGAAUGGAGUACUUAAGGAACUCAAUUAUGCAUCGGAAACAGACAUUGGCCAAUUACGUUUUUUGCGCCAUUGCCAUCGUUAUAUGUAUUUUAACAACAAUCUUGGUGGCACUUAUCGGCAUUUAGGUGUCGAACAGCGUCUCAGCCAAAUGGCCAUCAGAGCUAUAAAAUACGAUGUAUUUGGUCGGAUACCACAAAUUUUUGCUCGCUUAGCUUCCUUUGUUUUCGCUUAUGGUCACACACCGCACUACGUGAAAAAAUAUCCGAAUAUACUAUUAUCAAAAAUUAUAAAUAUGGCUGAACAAUUCACUCCUGGCGACUGCUUUCUCAUUAGUCGUGGGCUUUAUAUAUCGUUGGAGUUGCGAUAUCGCUAUCAAAUACCCCCUCUGGUGAAUAUGCAGUUAGCUACAAUUGAUAGUGUCUUAGCCAGUUGUGCGGAGCGAUGUUUAAAUAUUAGCGAGGAAAAUCAGCACUCCCUUCAUGACCUGAAUUGGCUGGUUCGUUGUUUAAGCAAUCGAAAAACUUUAAAAAACAGUGUAAUCUAUCAUCGCAUAUUGGCUAAGUACAAAGACGUUAAAUGUGAUGAUUUAAACUCACGUAUUCUCAAGGAUAUGGCCUAUAUUUUCACAACUACUAAUUAUCUGGUACCCGAAAUUCUUGAGUCCAUGUUAGAGUAUAUUACAAAUAACUACGAGCAUAUUGGCGGUGAAACUGUAGAGAAAGUCUUAACAUGUGCUUAUAAUCUAGGUUAUAUCCCAAAAUCGUCUGAACCUCUACAAAAAGCAAGUUUAAUAAUGUUAAGAGAUUUUAAUUAUAUGAACGGCUUAUCAUUGGUGCAGGCUUGCUUGGCCCUAUGUUUUUACAAAGCCAUUUCCCAGGAACUAAUUGAUAAAGUGUUCUGUGUUAAUUUUAUAGAACGCGUUGAAAAUGAAAUACAAAUGUGCUACUCGAAGGCCACUUACCCAGAACGUGUUUUGAAUUUAGUUAUGCAACUAAAUCGUUCCGUCUGUUUAGACUAUCCUGAAUGUAAUGUUCCCUGGUUUCAACAAAAUUUUAUCGAAGCUCAUGUGUCUAACAAACCUUUCCAUGAAAGUACUUUUAGCCGCGACGUAAGGAAAUUCCUUGAAACAUUGUUACAAGACGAAUCCUAUUUCCGUUGCAAUCACGUGACGCCGUAUGGUUAUCAAAUCGAUUUCGUAAUACAUUUUGAUAAAGAUAAGAAAGCCAUAAAAGCGCCAACGGAAACGACAAUGUUACACCGGAUAACAAAGGUAGCUAUUCUUUUGUUGAAACUUGAUUCUUUUUGCGAGAAUGACUUAAAAGCGUUACGUGGACCGGAUUCCCUUAAGGUAAAACACUUGGAAAUGAUGGGAUACAAAGUACUGCGUAUUACUGAACAUGAAUGGAAUUCAAAAUAUAUGAACGCCAAUCAAGCGAAACGAAAUUACCUCAAAUGUCUGUUACAAAUAACUAACUGAUUUAAGACUGAUGCGCAACAACUGUUUUAACUAGUGCUUGUGGAGUUUUUUUAUUCCCCCGAUAUAAAAAAAGGUUUUAUUGAACAGUAACCCUUCUGUAGAAAAAAAAUUAAUUACGGAAUUUUGUUCUACUUUUCAUGGGAAAUAGUAGACAUAAUUUGUCAUGUAGCACAAACUGAAUGUUUGGCAAAUAAAGUUGCUUCCCUUUAAC